CUGACAUGUGGUUGUCACCAGACUCGAAAACUGAGAGUCAUUUGCAUUGAUUUCAAUGCUCUGCAAUCAGUUGAUCUGGCUGUCUGUCCUUGUGCACCUGCAGCCCUCCAACUCCUUUGGAUGGGCUACUUCCCCUGUGCCCCACUGGGGCCAACACUUGCUGUUAGCCUACAGCUUCUUGGCUUUGUCCAACAACUCUUCAUGUGCAUACCUCCAAUCACUUCAGCAUGGUGUGAGUCCCUUGAGGCAUACCUUGCAGCUAUGGGUUAUAAGGUGGACACAAAG